GUCAGUCGGGCAUUGUCAGUGACGGAUUCCGGCGGCGGAGGCAAUCGGUGGCUGCGCACUUGCAAGUCGUGGGUGAUCCAUUGCCCAACUGAGUGUGUCUCGGCUUAAGAACUUUUCAAAGGCAGAGAAGAUUCGCGCUCAUCCCUCGUGCUCGGCGAAAGCCACACUUUUCACUGGAUCAAAUGAGGGGCCUUUCACCAGUAUCAUCAGCCGAACCCUUCUGAAUCUUCGCAAUCAGCAUCGCAAUGGGUGGCGAAAACAGGCUUCGCCUUCUGCUGCUGCUUUUUUCCUUCUCGCAAGCCAGCAACGGAUUGCGGGACCUGCAGAUCAAAGUGCCUGAGGCCGUUCGCAGGGGCAGCAGCGUCGAGUUGACCUGCGACUACGACUUGGAGGGCGCCUUGCUUUACUCGAUCAAGUGGUAUAAGGACGAGCAAGAGUUUUUCAACUUCGUCGCCAAGGAGGCUCCGCCCACAAGGGUCUUCCCGGUCCCCGGAGUUUUGGUCGAUGAGUUUCGGUCUGGCAAUAAAUCGGUGGUUCUGCGCGACGUGCAGAGGGACCUAACCGGCAACUACAAGUGCGAGGUUUCCGGAGACCAGCCCACCUUCCACACGGACGUCAAGUCGGCCCCGAUGCUGGUUGUCGACGUGCCGCAGGAAACGCCGCGAAUCGAAAUCGAAAAAUACCGCUUCAAAACGGACGAGCCGAUUUUGGCCAACUGCACCUCGGCGCUUUCGUUUCCGGCCCCCAACAUCACUUGGUUCGUCAACGGCAUGCAGAUCAGCCCAAAGCGGUCGUGGAUAAAGGAGGAGGGCGCCGGUUUGGAGACGGCGAUUUCCGAACUGCGACUGUACCGACCCGUUUUCUCCGAGGGCAAACUCAAUCUGCGCUGCGUGGCCAGUCUUUUCAACUUGUACCGCAGAAUCGGCGAGGCUGUCGUCUACCAGGCUGACCAGGAAACUUCGCCGUGGCCACCUGCUUCUGUCAGACACAGCGAUUCGGCCGGCGCCGCAGGACGGAGCUUUGAAGCUGUGGUGGCGGCACUCUUGGCAACCAUAAUCUCCAUCAUCAGGUAAUUGAUGAGGCUGGCAGGCUGCUAAAUUAGUCGGGCGCUUUUUGCAACCAACUGCUCGGAAGCUAGACAGACGGACGGACGGUCCGAGUAAGAACAACGAAGGAAAGACUUCACUCGUAUUGAUUCCGAGUUGGCUAAUGACAGAGAAGGAGAGGCCGCGCCAAAACGGAUUAAUGUUGUUGUUAGUGGUGAGGUGAAGUGGAAAAAAGGUGCUAAUUGAGACGGACAAAGCCGAGCAUUCGGACGUUUUUAAUUGAGAGCGGGAGUGCGCGCCACUUUUCAGUCGCUCGGUGAACGUGAACAAUUAUUCAGAAAUAUAAUGCGUGUGCUUUGAAGUUGUCACGGAAGGUAACUCUGAAAAUUAGCCGAUGCCCUCUUCGCCCCCCGAGUAGAGAGAAAGAUGUUCUUCGUGCGCUUCUUCUGAUUAUAAUUGGAUUCUUAAUUGGAGCAAGAUUUUAACAAGACUGUGAUGUGCCGGCAGCUGGAAAGAGCAUCUCGUGUUUUCUGCCGCGCUGUGCUGCUGUUCUCUCGCCAAUCGAAAAAUGUUUGUGCUCGCAUCUUUUGCGUUCUCGUUAGCCCGAAUACGACGAGAGAGAGAGAUGAGGACGAGGAAGAAAAGAGAUACUCUCGAGUGCUAUAUUGCUCACGCGCCGAGGCGGAAAUUCUGUUUCUGUGUGCCCUGCUUGCUCUCCUCGAUCUCUCUCUCUCUCACGAACUCACAUUUUGCUAGAGUGGCUACAAAAUCGGCCCUCCAAAGUCUUGAUGAGACAGCGCGUCUUAAUUUCGGGCAUUCCUCUCUUCGAUACAUGUGCCAAUUUCUCAAGGUCCGCGCGCGUAAUAGUUUUUAGAAGCCUUCCCUUUGCGUUACUACUCGUGAUCAGCAAUCUACCAGACAAAAUUUUCAAGUUUAGAAUUAAUUUGUAUUAAAAAAAGCCAAAUUCUUGUAUUUAAAACAGAUAAAAAAAAACUCGCAUUUUGCACAAGAUUCUUAGAUGGAACCGUAUCUAAUUAAAUGGUAUACUUGAAAGAUUAAUAAAUGUUCUCGGAAGCUGCAAAUUUUCCUUUCAUUGCUUGAACUAUAUUAUUAUGAAUAAUUAUAAAUUUAGGCUAAUUACGACAUCAAUUCAUCUAAUUGCCGCUUUGAGUGCUGGAGUUUCGAAACGGGUUAGCUUUGACAGCAAUUUUAGCCACUCUAUGCAUUCACACAUCCCUCCCUCACUAGCCAUUACAGGUCAUCAAUCAACAGGGUACUGUGUCGAAAUGUAUACAAACACACACAUUUACUUGUCCACUGUAAAUUUGCCAACCGCUCUGCGGCCAUGUUUGUGCAGCAUCACACUUGGCAAUAGUGUUAAUUAACCAUUUCUAAUUCAAUUAAGUCCCCGUGGAGUUGGUCUGCCGAUCAAUCUUGCUUCUGUUGUGUUUGCGGUUGUAUUUUUUUGUGUAGAGAAAGAAAAAGAAAACAAAGGCCGGAAAUGUUAGAUAUUUACUAUUAAUAAUCAACAAGA